AUGAGAAACACCACUGAAAGAGGACGGAGGGCCCCAUGGACAUUGAGUGGCCAAGACCACAGUGUCUGGAGUACUGGUCAUGGUCAAUCAUUGUUGAGCUUCGCAAAGGACAUAGGCAAAGGAUAUCCCCCUGGACUUGAUCAAACUGAGGGUCGAGGCCAGCAAGAAAAAGGUGAACACGAAGACGAUCCAGUUCGGUCUGACGUUCAGUCACGUCAGCGUCGUAGUGCAUGCGAUUUGAAGUACGGUGAUCAAUCUCCUGAAAGAUGGUCUGCAACUGGCUGA